AUGAAUAGCUGGCCGUAUGAGAUGCGCCAGAGGAGCUCCAUCAACAAACGCUCGCUCUGCGAGGCUCUUGAAAAGUCCGAGGUGGAGCAGCCCGGCGCCCCCGACUUCAGCCGCCGGUUCGUCAAACCGGCUCAGGGACACACGGUGGCUGGUGCCGCCCCUAUCGAGAGCGACGGGGCACUGGGCCUCGACGAGGCAGCCUGGACCCAUCUUAGCAAGCACAAGGCGCGAGAAUACAAUGAGCUGGCGUUGUCUUUUCUCAAGCUCUUUGAAUACGGGGUGCAGACUUCAGGACGAAGCCAGGCCCUUCAACGAUGCGUCUACAGGCUCUACUCCGACGUCCUCCGGACCGCAGAUUGUGUGGCCACAGCCCGUUGCUGCGUCUAG